CUCUAUGGUUAUGCAGGGAGUCUGUGUGGGCUCGGAGGUGUCAUGGCGUCCGUCGAGGUGGCAGCGCCUGAAGCUGCCGGGAGGAGCCGCUGAAUCCGCGCUCCGAGCCGGGGAGGGAGUAAUGGCCGGGGCGCUGGGACUCUUUCACUAGGCGCCAGCAGGAGCCCGGUCUUUCCUGAGCGUGCGAGCCGGGCAGGGUGGCAGGAGCCGGCUCUCCGAGCCCAGGCUGCCCAGCCCCCGGGGGAGAUAGCGAGCCGGGGCUGAGCUGUUCUGGGGUCCGGCGCCAACCCUGGUGCGGGUGCUGCCUCGGGGAGGCCUCUGGCCAGCGCUGGGGACAGUUGGGGUCCGUUGAGCAGCAGCGGAGAUGGCCUCCUGGUUAGGGGGCCUGGGCUCGGGGCUGGGCCAGUCCCUGGGGCAGGUAGGGGGCAGCUUGUCCUCCCUUACCGGCCAGAUCUCCAGCUUCACCAAAGACAUCCUGCUGGAGGGCACCGAGGAAGUGGGAGAUGCACCAACAGAACACCAAGUAUCCAGUUCUAGGCUAAGAGAAAUAGAAAGUACUCAUGCAACACAGAGAUUGGAGAACGAGAGACUGAAGAAGGUUUGCAGUGAUCUAGAAGAAAAGCAUGAAGCAGCAGAGCUUCAGAUAAAGCAGUUGUCCAUCGAGUACCGAAAUCAGCUGCAGCAGAGAGAGGUGGAAAUCAGCCAUCUAAAAGCUAGACAGAAUGCACUACAGGAACAAUUGCAGAAGUUACAGACAGCUGCUCAGUCAGCACAGUUAGGAGCUGGUGUUUUGCCACCAACCACUACAUCAGCUUCCUUUGUUCCAGUGGUUAGACAUCAUUCUUCAGGUUUUCAAGGGGAUGACAUGGACUUUGGAGAUGUAAUCUGGUCCCAGCAAGAAAUAAACAGAUUGUCCAAUGAAGUUUCUAGACUUGAAUCUGAGGUUGACCACUGGAUGCUGAUAGCACAGUCUUCCAGAGUACAAGGAACAAAUAAUGCUGAUCAAAGUGAAAUCUGCAAGCUGCAAAAUAUUAUCAAAGAGCUGAAACAGAAUUUAAGUCAAGAUAUAGAUGAACAUCAGCAUGAGCUUUCAGUAUUACAGGAUGCACAUCGACAGAAACUAGCAGAGAUAAGUCGUCGGCACCGGGAGGAAUUAAGUGAAUAUGAGGAGCGAAUUGAAGAACUUGAAAAUCAGUUACAGCAAGGUGGUGCAGGCAUUGAAAUCACUGAUCAUUCUAAAAUUAGCAACCUGCAAAAGAACAUUCAAAUUCUACAAACUGAAAAACUAGAGGACACACAGAAUAUGAAGAAAUUGGAGGAUAAAGUAAAAAAUUUAAAUGAGAAAUUAUCUUCUGUAGAAAAUGAGAACAAAAUCCUGCUGAACGAGAGAGAACUGGUAAAGGUGGAAAACAGCCAAAUAACACAAGAAUAUGAAAGACUGAAAUCUGAGUUUAUUAAGCUUCAAAAUUAUGUUGCCGAACAGGAGACCCUUCUGAAAGAACAGGGGAAAAAACUCCCACUGAUGACAUCGUCAGAGGAAGAAGUGGUCAGACUACAACAAGCACUGUUGGAUGCAGAAAAAGAAAUAAUGAGACUUAAUACCUUAAAUCAGGAAGAACUUCAGAAGAAACUGGCAAGUUUACAACAUAAAAAUGAGGAUAUUACAUCUGCGUCUAUUGAAGACACGAAUUUGGAAUUAAAUCAAUUAAGGCAAGAGUUGGAAAGGAAGGAGAAUGAACUCAAAGAAAGUAUUACAGAAAGAGCAACACUAACAGCAGAAUUAGAAGAAUUGGACAAGCAGAAUCAAGAAACUAUGCAGCAUAUGUUUACCCUGAAAGAGCAGCUAUCAAAACAGCAUACAGAAGCUGAUAGUACCAUCAACCAGCUGAAACUUGACAUAGCUUUUGAAAGAAGGAAAGUGUCUGAAGUAGAAGCUGAGAAGAUGGAAAUGAGUAAGGAACUAGAAACCCAGAAAUCAAAAAUGAACCACUGUACAUUUGCACUUAAUGAUUUGCAUAUGAGUAAUCAGCAGCUUCAGCAUAACAUUAAGGAUUUACAAGAACAACUAAAGAAAUACCAAGAUUGUAACUUGAAUAAUAAAAAGGAAAUUGCAGAAUUGAAGCAAAAUCUGAAACAAAAAGAGGAGGAACUUUCUGUUUCCCAGAAUGAGUUAACAAAGAUAAUUAAUCAAGAACCUAACAGUAACUCUCAAGAUCUUUCACUUAAAGAAAGAGAAGCAGAAAUUGCAAAACUAAAUAAAGACAUUUCAGAAAAUAAACAACUAAAUCAAAAUUUGGAGAAAUCAGUUUCUGAUCUUAAAAUGGAAAAUGGAAAGCUUCUGGCAGUCUGUGAAGAACUAAAACAGCAGUUGCACGAAGCCUUUGCUGAGAAAAAUAAGGUUUCCCUGGAAAAAGAUACUAUGUUGGAGGCUUUGAAAAUGGAAAAAGGACAGUUGGAAACUGAAUUAAGCCAGACCGAAAAGCGGCUGUUGGAACAAGCACAAAAAUAUGAACAAACCAUUGAGGACCUGUCAAAUGCACGUAACAUGAACACCAAUGCAUUACAGCUUGAACAUGAGCGUCUAGUGAAAUGCAAUCAAGAGAGGGACUUUGAGAUAGCAGAACUCAAAAGAAACAUUGAGCAGAUGGAAGCUGACCAUGAAGAAACUAAAGAGAUGUUGACAACUAGCUUAGGAGGACAAAAGCAGUUGACAGAACUCAUAAAAGAGAAAGAGGUGUUUGUUGAAAAAUUUAAAAAUAGAGCUCUAGAGUUGCAACAGGAACUUGAGGAAUAUGUUAAGGAUUCCAAAAAGCAUGAGAUUUUAAGACAAAAUUUAGAAGAAAAGGACAAAAGUCUUGCAGCCAUGAAAGAAGAAAACAAUCAUCUGAAAGAAGAGAUUGAAAGACUAAAGGACCAGCAAAGCAGAUCUCCACCUGUAGCUGAGCCUAAAACACUUGAUAUUAUUACUGAACUUGAAGCUGAGAUAACACAGUUACAUGUAAUAAAGAAUAAUCUUGAAGAGGAAAUAAAACUUCACAAAAAAACAAUUGAAGAUCAGAGUCAAAAUACUGUGCAACUUCAGCAGUCUUUGCAGGAGCAUAAAAGGGAAAUAGAUGAGUCCAAAUUUCAGUAUGAGCAAAUGAAUAUCACACAUGAAAAGCUUUUCUUGGAGAAAGAUGAGGAAAUUAAAAGUUUGCAGAAAACAAUUGAACAAAUUAAAACUCAGUUGCACAAUGAGAGGCACGUCUUUCAGACAGACUCCUCUGAUCUCUUUCAAGAAACCAAAGCCCAGACACUUAAUGGAGAAAAUGGUAAUGAAAAACAUGACUUGUCUAAGUCUGAAAUUGAAAGACUAGUAAAAGGUAUCAAAGAGAGAGAAAAGGAGAUUAAGCUUCUGAAUGAAAAGAAUGUCGUCUUAACUCAACAAAUUGAUCACUUGUCUAAAGAUCAAGUUGGUAAACUCACUCAGAUCAUCCAAGAGAAAGACUUUGAGAUACAAGCUCUCCAUGCAAGUAUUUCCUCUUCAUCAUAUAGACAGGAUGUUCUGUACCUUCAACAGCAACUGCAAGCCUAUGCCAUGGAAAGAGAACAGGUGCUGGCAGUUUUGAGUGAAAAAACUAGAGAAAACAGUCAGUUAAAAACAGAGUAUCAUAAAAUCAUGGAUAUGGUAGCAGCUAAGGAAACUGCUCUGAUGAAGUUACAAGAAGAGAACCAAAAAUUAUCUAAUAGGUUUGAAAGUAGCAGCCAAGAUAUGUUUAGAGAGACUAUUCAGAAUUUGUCCCGUAUCAUUCGAGAGAAAGAUAUUGAAAUAGAUGCCUUGAGUCAAAAAUGCCAAACCUUAUUGACUGUCCUGCAGACAUCCAACAUAGGUACUGACAGUGGGUCAGGAGGUGUUAACAAUAAUCAGUUUGAGGAGCUUUUACAAGAGCGUGACAAAUUAAAGCAACAAGUAAAGAAGAUGGAAGAGUGGAAGCAACAAGUAAUGACUACAGUCCAGAACAUGCAGCAUGAGUCAGCUCAUCUCCAAGAGGAGCUACACAAGCUUCAGGCACAAAUUUCAGUUGACAGUGAUAGCAGUUCUAAAUUACAGAUGGAUUAUAAUGGCUUGAUCCAGAGUUAUGAGCAGAAUGAGAAAAAAAUGAAAAGUUUUAGUCAGGAGUUAGCACAAGUUCAGCAUCAUAUAGGACAGCUUCAUAAUACCAAGGAUCUUCUUCUGGGAAAACUUGAUAUGGUAACACCGCCUCUGCUGAUGGCUUCUUCUGUUUCACAAGCAUCAGAUAUUCCAAGCAGUACUCCUCCUGAAAUAGUCAGUGAUGCGUCCAAACUCCUUCAACAGGAAUUGGAGCAGCUUAAAAAAAUUUUACAAGAAAAAGAUGUGACUAUCAGAAUUCUUAAGGAAAAUAAUCAAAGACUGUCUGAUUCCAUGGCUGCAACAUCAGAGUUAGAAAGAAAGGGACAAAAGGACACUGAUCCGGAGAUGAAGCAGAUAAAGGGAAAAUGUGAUGUUUUCCAGAAGUCACUUAGGGAAAAAGACCUCUUGAUUAAGUCUAAAAGUGAUCAGUUACUUUCUGUAAGUGAAAAUCUUAGUAACAAAGAAAAUGAAAAUGAGCUUUUAAAACAAGCCGUCACUAAUCUUAAAGAAAGAAACCUAAUUUUAGAAAUGGACAUCUGUAAGCUGAAAGAAGAAAAUGAAAAAAUAGUAGCAAAAUGCAGGGAGAAAGAAACCGAAUUCCGGGCAUUACAAGAGACUAACAUGCAAUUUUCAAUGAUGCUGAAAGAGAGAGAAUUUGAAUCCCACUCAAUAAAAGAAAAAGCUCUUGCCUUUGAAAAAUUAUUGAAAGAAAAAGAACAGGGCAAGAUGGGGGAGUUGAAUCAUCUGUUAAAUGAAGUUAAGUCAAUGCAAGAAAAGGCUGUUUCUUUUCAGCAAGAAAGAGACCAAGUCAUGUUAGCACUCAAACAGAAACAAAUGGAGAGCAGUGCCCUACAGAAUGAGGUGCAGCAUUUACGUGAUAAGGAGCAGCGUCUAAACCAGGAACUGGAGAGGUUGCGCAAUCACCUCUUAGAAAUGGAGGACUCCUAUACACAGGAAGCUUUAGCUGCAGAGGACCGAGAGACCAAGCUAAGAAAGAAGGUCAUGGUUUUGGAGGAAAAACUAGUAUCCUCUUCUACGGCAGUGGAAAAUGCCAGCCAUCAAGCUAGUCUGCAGGUGGAAUCCUUGCAAGAGCAGCUGAACCUAGUGUCUAGGCAGAGAGAUGAAACUGUGCUACAGCUUACCAUGUCACAGGAUCAGGUGAAACAGUAUGCACUGUCACUGGCCAACCUGCAGAUGGUACUAGAGCAAUUCCAGCAGGAGGAGAAAGCCAUGUAUUCAGCAGAACUAGAAAAACACCAAAAACAGACUGCAGAAUGGAAAAAAAAAGCUGAAAAGCUAGAAGGGAGGGUUGAGUCUUUACAGGAAAGUUUAGAGGAAGCAAAUGCUGCCUUGGAUGCAGCAUCAAGGCUGACUGAGCAGUUGGAUCUCAAAGAGGAGCAAAUUGAGGACCUUAGGAAACAAGGUGAGAUCAAACAAGAAAUGUUAGAAGAUGCACAAAACAAACUAAUGAACCUUAUAAACAGCACAGAAGGGAAAGUGGACAAGGUCUUGAUGAGAAAUCUCUUCAUUGGGCAUUUUCAUACUCCAAAGAAUAAGCGUCAUGAGGUCUUAAGGUUAAUGGGAAGUAUUUUGGGGAUCAAAAAGGAAGAGCUAGAUCAGUUAUUGUCUGAAGACCAAAAGGGUGUUACCAGAUGGAUGACUGGUUGGCUUGGUGGAGGAGGAGCUGGAUCAAAGAGUGUCCCGAGCACACCUAUAAGACCAACUAAUCAAUCUGUUUUCAAUAGUUCUUUUUCAGAACUGUUUGUGAAGUUCCUUGAAACAGAAUCACGUCCAAACCUUCCCCUACCCACGCUCUCUGUUCAUGACAUGAAACCUUUAGGAGCAGCAGGAAUUUGUAAUCCUAGUAGUACCAGAUCCAGCAGCCAUACAGAAACUGCAGGCUCAGGAACCAGUAGAAGACCAGAUGCGAAUCCAUUCUUGGCACCCCGAUCUGCAGCAGUGCCCCUAAUCACCCCCACUUCUCUUGGAGCUGGUGGAUCGGGGCAUCUGCUUAUGAAAUCUCUUUCUGAUGCCUUGCCUACUUUUACACCACUGCCAGUGUUGCCUGAUGCCAGUGCUGGUGCUGUACUAAAAGACCUCUUGAAACAGUAGAUGAUUCUGAAUCAAUAUUGAUGAUGAUAGCACUUUAAGGAAAAUGAGAACUCUAUAUUUUAUAUAAUUGAUCACAAAGAGGCCUUUUGUAAAAAGCUGUGUACUUGUUUGCAGAUGUACUUGGUUUUUCUUUUAAAUUUAAUUAUGAACUAAAUAGUGCUUUGGAAAUUGUAGGAGUCACAGGAAUAACUGCCCUCUUUCUUCAUAUUGGUUCUGAGGUAGGUUUUAAACUGGAGAAAAAUUAUUCUAUCUCAGUUGUAGAAUUGCAAAACAAACUGUAGGACUCAUAAACACUAGCUGUACUCUGAGUUGUUUCAGGAGUGCAACAGCAAUAUUAACUCUUUGGUAUUGGGGUCAGUUUGUCAAAGAGCACAAUCUGUUAUUGGCAAUGGGCAUGUGAGGAAUCACCACUGCAAAUUAAUUAAUCCAAAAUUAAUAUAGAAUAAUAUUUGGGGUGUCCAUUCAUGACACAAAUUCCAAAGGAGGAGGCCGGGAAGCAUGUAGGAGCUUGAUUACUGGAGACAACAAAAAUACUUGCAGUUACCCAACUAUAUUUACGUAAAAACAUAUCCCUCUCUUAAUAAGAGGAUAAGUUGCACCCCAGAUUUUGGGCCACUUUGAGGCACAUCAAUCCUUUUUGUACCAGGAGCUAUAUUUUUCCCAGUCUAAUAGCUGCUUAUGGCAAUCCAAAACCAUCAGCACCAAGGUGUUAAUUCUGGAAACAAAGGAGUUAGAGAAUAUCUUUGAUUUUUUUUUUCUAAAAUCUUCCAUGUGGUGAAUCGCUAUCAAUGGAGAAUUUAACAGAUCCAUGGGAAUAUUAAUAUAUAUACAUGCUGCAGUACUGUAAUGGUUUAAGAUGUAUAUUUACAAGACUUUUAUCUUACAGGAUUUGAUUUGAAACAGGUUUAAAGUUUGAACAUAUGUAUAGAACUUAGGUAAAUAGACGUUUACUUAUCCCAGAUUUGUAAAUAGGUCUAUAUAAGACCAGAGCCAAAGCCAAUUAUUAUGUAAAUGUUGGUGUGAUGAUUUGUACACUUUAUACUACAUGUUGCAGAUAAAGUAUUGAAUUGCAUACUGAAAGUUAAAACUAACCUUCUUAGAAAAACAAUUAAAAUCUGCAACAAAGCUUCUUCGUUUAAAAAUGUCUAGUUUCUAAUCCUGUUUAUGCCAUUCCUUGUUUAGUCGGUGUUAAAGAUGAUUACUGUGCAAGUUCUAUAUUAGAACUGUCAGCCUUUAAUCCUCUCCAUUUUCAUUACGUACCGUUAGUUUAAAUCGUUGCGAGAGUUAAGUUUAAAUAAAAUUAAUCACAGAAUCUUGUAUAGAAUCUGCUAAAAUAAUGAAUGCAACAAAACUUUUCUUUAUUUAUAUAUAGAUAAAAUGGUAAAAUCCUUUCAUUUCCCUUAAACUGUUCUGUAGAAAAGUUUCUCAAUUUGUUACUCCAGUCUUCACGAAGAAUUCAACUUCGGAAUCACUUUCAUACGAUAAUGACAUUCCCCAAUGUAGCAGAGUUUUAUGGAUUUGAAAUGGAAGGUUAAGGCAAAUUUAGAAGCAGAUCAAUCAUGUUGAAUUUUUGUUUCAGAUCAUUAGUAUCUGUUAUAAAAUCUCUAUUAUGGAUAAAUUAAUGAAUGCAUUCAAGUCCUUUGAAAUUUGAUUUCUGAAAGGUCAGUAGGCUUAUUGGAUGUAUGAAAGCAAGUAUUCUGUUGUAUAAGAACUAAAUUUUAAAUUCCUAUUACAUUUUUGGAUACCUUUGUUGAGAAUAUUCAGGUAGGUUACUUAAAAAUGUGUAUUGUCAUUGAAAAAACCACCAUCAUGGAAUGGUUAUUUUUUUGUCCAAAAGACUCUAAAGAAAGUUUAAACCAUGUGGUGUAUCUGUGCAAUCUCUUAUAUACGUGUAAUUAUAUUUAUUUCAGGGUGAGCAAUCACUUCAAAUAAAAUCCUUUUGAUGAGCUGAUA